AUGGCAGACCAAUCACUUCCCGAAGGUAUGAUGGCAAUUGGGCAAGUAUGCCCCCAUCGUCUAGUGGUUCAAGACAUCUCUCUUUCAAGGAGGCAGCGGGGAUUCGACUUCCCCUGGGGGUAGGGUACUACGAAAGGAAGUUGAUCAUGGAUUAUUAAUAAGCUUGGAAUUGAUUCUUCCCGGGUCGAUGCCCGAGCGGUUAAUGGGGACGG